AUGUCGAGGUCAAGGGACUUAAAUCUCCUCAGGUUUACGCAACAGAUUAAAAUGAUUGUCAGGAUGGAGAGGAAAGAAGAUUUGGAGAAGCUGUGCAGGAACAUAGGUAGAGCAUUAAGAUAUAAGAACUCUACCGAAACACGAUGCCUUACAAAUCCAACUCUGAAACCCGUGAUGGUUCGGAUUCACGGUGGAUGCUUUACAGGAGAAUAUGGUCACGGAACUAUACCUAACUACUUCGUGCACAACGAUGUCGUAAUUGUCAGCAUAAAUUAUCGUCUGGGAAUACUAGGUUUCCUGAGUACCGGCGAUGAGAUGGUCCCUGGUAACAUGGGCCUUAAGGACCAGACAGAGCCUCCGCGUUGGGUACAGAGGAACAUAGCGGCGUUUGGUGGAGAUCCAGAUGGAGUAACCAUCUUCGGACAAAGUGCUGGAGGGGCAUCUAUUCAUUACCACACACUGUCUCCCAUGAGCAAAGGUCUUUACAAGAAUGCUAUAGCAAUGAGUGGGUCAGCACUAAAUCCGUGGGCAUUUCCUAGGAAUGCAACAGACAGAGCAAUACGGUUUGCUCAACAUUUAGGAUACACAGGGAAAACUUCUAACGACCUACUAAAGUUCCUAAAAGAUGUGGACAAUCUGCUACAUUAUCUUGAGCACGAGAUCAUUACUCAACUGUCCAAAUAA